UCUCUCUCUCUCUCUCUCUGACUGUUCUUAACAGUUCCUAAGAAAAGAACUGACGACAUACUCAUUGAAGAGUUUAUUAUUCGUUGAACAUUUGACGUAAAGAAACUAUGUCGUUAAACACGGCACAUACUAACGGCGGAGUUCUUCUCCAUGCUGGCGAAGGCAUCAUACUCUUCUGUGACAAUGUUACUAUGGAGUUUCAUGGACAAGAGCAGGCCGAAUUUAUUGGAAAGAAACAAGGCAGAUUAUACUUGACGACACACAGGAUGAUUUUCAACUCUAAGGAUCAAAAAGAUAAGAUGCAGUCAUUCAGUUUCCCAUUUGUCACAUUGAGCGAAGUUGGACUGGAGCAACCGGUCUUUGGCGCAAAUUACAUAGGAGGCAAGUGCCGUGCCCAGCCAAAUGGUAACUGGAUCGGAGAAUGCAAAUUUAAGUUAAGAUUUAAGAGUGGAGGAGCGGUGGAAUUUGCUCAAGCUUUGCUGAGAGCCGCGUCAAUGGCUCAACGUAAUAAUCCUGCUAAUGAUGCACCACCACCAUAUACACCUCCAUUAUCCGAUUGGUAUCCAGCGCAGCCUUCAGCUUAUCAACCACCACCAACUGGAUAUUAUGGAUGGAUGCCUCCGACCAACGUAUUUCCUGAUGUUCCACCAGGCAAUACGGUCUUUACGACGGACAGUCCGCCACCGUAUCCCGGUAUACAGUCGGGAUAUGGAUAUGCGAGCGGGCCGCCGCAUCAAGGGAUGGCUGGUGGCGCAGUAGCGGGACAGCCAGGAGUUCCCGGAUGGGCUAAUCCGAAUUACAACGGCCAGCCGAUGUCUCAAGCAGAUGCGAAGGCCGCUGAAGCUGCACAAAGCGCAUAUUACGAUCCUAAUAGACCUCAAUGCGCUUACGUUCCACCACCAGAAUAUUAUGAGAGUCCACCGGCUUAUGCUAAGAAGUAUCAGUGAAUAUAUUAUAUAUAAUAUAUACGUUGCUUAAGUGAAUUAUAUAGUAUAAUCUCGAUAUGCAUUCCACCUUAGGCGAAAUUAUUGCAAAAUUGUACGCCGCGCAUUUAGUAUAACAAACAUUGCGUUCGUUUUAUACAACAUUCUGGAAUCGAAAUGCCUAGAUUCAAGGCUAAAGAUGCUAUCGUUUGAGCGCCAUGCAAUGUUUUAAAGCACAGAUUAAAACAUAAGUGUUGCUGUAAAAUACUUUGUAAUAAUACCAGCAUGUAUUAACGCGAGUAUUUACAAUAAUUUCUUAUGUACAUAAUAUGUUAUUCUUUGAAAACACGAUUGUAUUGUUUUAUGUUUCACGCGGAUCUAUAUAAUUGCAGAAUAAAUGUUUACACGCAUGUAAAUAUGUAAACUAUUUGUAUAAUUGUGAAUUUGCUAUGUAGAACACAUGUAUAUCUCUUUUUCAAACCUUUAUUAAAAAUGACAAAAUUGCAUAA